GGUCCUCUCUGUUGCCCCUCCUGCCCGCGCACGCUCGCAGCAGCGCUGCCACGUACAGUAUGAUCGUACAGGCAUCCGAUACAAGUGUGUCGUACGUAUAGCAGCGCCGAUCCGCAAACCAAACCAUAGCGCCGCCGCCGCAAACCGGGGGCUGCGUGCCCCUCUCCAUCCCCACUUCCCCCUCCGAUUCAGAUUUGCGACACUCCGAUUCUAACCCAAAUCGCAGCGCAAUUUCAACUCCGAUUAGAACAGCGAAUGCCCCUGUCGGGUCGAAUUCGAUUUCGCGGCUGAAUUUCAAGUCGAUGCCCCUUUUAAUCGCAAGCCCACCCCACCCAACACCAACAAUCGCCACUAAUUUGUUCCCCAAUGCCUAGGAUUGCUGCGAAGCUCCCGCGCCGCCGCCGGCGGCUGUGCGCGGACGAGGACCGCCUCGGUGACCUCCCCGACGAUCUGCUCCUUGACAUCCUGCGCCGCCUCGACACCCGCACCGCGCUCGGCGCCGCGGCGCUCUCCAGGCGCUGGGCCAGCCUGCCCCGCGAGGUCCCCGUCCUGGACCUCAAGGUCAGCGACAUACUGCCGCCCCGCUACCACCGGUGCUUCCGCCUCAGCGAAGACGCCAGGGAUUCGAAAAUCAGCUCGACCUUGUCUGACAGGAGGCUUCUAGAGGCUAUCACCGCCCGGUACGAGCGCCGCGCCAUGCGAUCCAUGGUCUGCUCCCUCAAGAGCCUCCUGGCCAGCCAAGCUCGCCGGCGCGUGGAGAGGCUGUCGCUCGAGGUCUUCGCCUACAGCACCUCGGCCUGCAUCAACCGCCUGGUCGUGGACGCCGUCGAUUCCUGGGGCGUCCGGGAUCUGGAGGUUGUUGCCACCCCGACAGGGCCGCUCACGCGUCUGGAGCCGUCGGCCUACAGCUUCCCUCUAGGCCUCAUCAGCAGGAAGCCCGGCGAGUCCCGACUGCGAAGCCUCAAACUUGCCAACUGCUUGCCCCCGCCGCUCCGGGGAUUCAACGCGCUCACCACGCUCGUCUUGCGAGACUUGCCGGUUCCCACGCCGGCGGCCGCCUACGAGGAAGCGGUCGCCGCGUGCCCGCAGUUGCAAGUGCUACACAUCCUUUCAUGCGAGAUCAAGAUAACUGCCCGCAGGGUGGUUCUUGACGCGCCCAAAUCGGAAAUCAGGGAGCUUGUACUCGGCGGCGAGCUCGUGUCGGUCGAGAUCCGGUCUCUCCCGAAGCUCGAGAGUCUCGCCAGCCAGGAAGCUACCGUGCUGCUUUGCUCCGCCGCCGCCGCCCCGUGCCUUGCGCACGUGAGCCUCGCCUUCUCGGUUGGCCGACUGGAAGGGGGCGGUUUAGCUGGUCUAAACCGCUCCUACCGCGACUUCUUGAUUCAGCGGCUCGUGCAGUUCUUCCAGGGCGCCAUCACCGUGAAGGAUCUGGUCUUGCGGUUUACUGGGCCAGAGAUGUGGAUCAUGCCGGAGAAUCCCUUCUCUGCAAUGGCGAACCUGAGAAGGCUGCUCGUCGCCGAUGUGCCUUCCUCAUGGGACGCCUCAUGGCCGCGCCUGCUCAUCGAGACGGCACCGUUACUUGAGAGCCUUUAUGUGCAUGUCUCCCACAGCGAAGGCGAGCCGAGACAGGAGGUGCCGGGGGAGACAUCGGCUUCGCGCCAUUACCAUUUGAAGGAGCUUGUUGUCAUUGGAUUCCAGAGGACGGAGAGGCAGAUGCGCCUUGUGAGGUUCACCGUGGAGGUAUCCACGGCGCUGCGGCGUGUCGCACUGCUCAAGCAGGGACGCGUCGAGGACAAAGGGUCCUGCUGCGACUGGGAGGUGGUGAGCCAGCAGAGCGCGUGGUGCGACGAGGAGAGGCUCGCCGUUCUGGAUGGUAUCGGCUGUUCGACGGGACAGAUCGAAGUGGUGCUCAGUUGAAUUGAGCUUAUGAUGUUGGAGAAUUGAAGGUGGAUUCCUGUAGUUCCAGUCUGGCUCCCCAAUUCGAAUAAAUGGAACCUGGCUGGUGGGGGGAUUUCCUGCUGCUCCAACAAUUUAUUUGUAUGACAUGUGUGUGAACUGAAAUGUUACAUUCAGUUAUUUUGGUGCUGCUUCUUUGUAUCUGAACUUGCCGAACAAUGAUGGCAUGCAAUAUGAUUGGAAUAUCAUGUUUGUUAUUUUA